AACCUGUUGCAAAAAAGUUUAUUGGAAAGAAUAAUAAGCCUGAAGCCUCUGGCCUCCCACUAGAGCAGAUCCUGUGGGUCAGGAUGCGCCUGGUUGGACCUGCCAGUUUUGUGGUCGAUCUUUCUCGACCAGCAGGGGCUUGGGUGUUCGUUCACAAGCGUAGAGCCCACCCUGUUGAGAUCAAUACGGAUGCCGCUCCGAUGAUGGUGAGGCAGCGGUGGCAUGGCGAGGAAAUCGACCUCCUCGCUCGCACCGAGUCCAGGUUGAUCGCUCAAAGAGGUCAGUGCUCGGGUGGAGACCUUUUUGGCGCAAUUAAGGGACAACGGCGAAGGGAGCCUUAUAGGGCAUUGGUGCAAGCGCACCUUGCCCGAUUUGGUUCCCAGCCGGGUCCCUCGUCAGAUGGGUGCUCGGCCGAGCCUGACUUCCGGCGGGCUUCUGGAGCUGAGGUAGCGGGCGUGGAACGAUGCGCCGAAGACGCCGCGGCCUAUGAUCCAUCCGCAAUCGGUCAGAUGUCGCUCGAUGCCGCUCGGGUUCUUUCGGAGAGAAGACGAGCGCGCAGGGUUAUGAGACCCAGGACUGCAGGGCGGCGAAACGAUUUGAACGAUGAUCUGGCUGCUAGUGCCCACAAAGCCAAAAAACAGAAGCGCAGAGCGGAGUACGCGCGUGUGCAGGAGCUGUACAAGUGUCGCAGCAGAGCAGCAGCUGAAGUGAUCGAUGGCGCGUGUAGGGGUGUCGGACACUCGCUCGAGGGGAUGAGAGGCCUUGGCGACCUCUCCUCGAGAGGGUGUCCGACGCACCUGGGCCUACAUCGGAAGCUCUUCACGUCUUAUGGCGUGCGGAGCAGCACGGGGGCAAUCGCGACUACACUCAGCUGUGGAGGCCGAUCUCAGUGGAAGAGAUCAAGGCUUCCCCCGCUUUGACUUGCGGACUUCACCGGGCCCGGACGGUAUACGUCCGGGUCAGUGGCGUGCGGAUAGUAAUACUGCUCAGUACGAGAGGAACCGCAAAUUCAGAAAUUUGGUUCAUGCACUCAGCCGAGCGGCCGG